AAAAAAAAUUGCAAUCCAAAUAAUAUUUAAAAGUUUGAAGAUCUCCAGAGUUCCUACAAAUUUAUCUAAAAUUUUCUCAUUAUCAAUUAAGUAAAUACAUAGUUUAAUAUUAAAACCAAAAAUGAAAGAUACUCAACAAAAUCAAGGGGUACAUCAUAACGGUGUUUAUGAGAUGACCAAAGAAGAACCAUCAGAAACAGAUGAUCCGUUUCAGGAUUUAAUGGAAAAAGCUGGCAAUCAUGGUCGUUUUCAGUUAAUAUAUAAUAUAAUCUUUGUGAUGGGUCUAGCAGGUGCAGGUGCAAUGACUUAUAUGAAUAUAAUUUUAGCAUUAAAUAUACCUGAUCAUUGGUGUACAGUGCCAGGAAGAGAAAAUACUAAUUACACAUUAGAAGAGUGGAGGAAUCUUACAUUACCUUUAGAAAAGGAUAAUCGAGGUCUAGAAAAAUUUAGUAGCUGCGAAAUGUAUAAUACAAGUUUUACAAAUAUCAUGGAUGGGAACUUAUGGAAUAAUGCCACAAAACCGAAUGUAUCAGUUUGCCAACAUGGUUGGAGUUAUGAUCAGACCUGGUACGAGAGCACCAUUCCCACACAGGAGAAUUGGGUUUGUUCAAAGGAUUUGUUUGUAACAAAUGUUUUUGUUGUUGGACGCGUUACAGAAGUUGUUGGUGCAUUCGUGCUAGGACAAAUGGGUGACAUUUUUGGUCGUCGUCCAGUUUACUAUAUUAGCGUUGCUUUUUGUUCAUUAGGUCGCAUGCUAUCCAUUUGGACCACAAGUUCUUAUACUUGGUUUCUAAUAUUUACGGGCUUUGCUGGUCUAACCGUUAAUAGUUUAUUUCAAUCGCCUCAAAUUGUUGGCAUGGAAAUCUCAAGAGAAAAGGAUCGCAGUGCAAUUGCUUUUUAUCAAAGUUUUGGCUGGUCCAUUGGUACAACGGUGAUGCCAUUACUUUUUUGGUGGCUACGUGAUUGGGAAUCCUUUAUGUGGUACACUUCAAUACCAACGGCACUGGUUUUGCUUUUUUCCAAAUACGUCAUUGAAUCGCCACGUUGGUUGAUUAGCAAACGUCGUUUUGCCGAUGCCAUUGUGCAAUUUAAGAAGAUAGCGAAAAUAAAUGGUCAUCAAUUCGAUGUGACGGAAAAGGAAUUAGCUGGACUUUACAAAGGAAUGGAUGCAGAGCCAGUAUACGGUAUUGCUUCACUCUUCAAUGGUUGGCGUUUGGCGCGUAAUACAACAAUUAUGGGCUUUUCUUGGUGCGUUGUGGCAGUCUCCUAUUUCACUCUGGUACUUUUUAGCUCACGUAUGGGUGGAAACCCAUUUUUAAAUUUCUUAAUGCAAAGUAUUGUGGAAGUACCAGCUUAUUUAAUUGGCAAAUAUUUGGGUGACAAUUUCGGUCGUCGUUUUACCAAUUGCAUAUCGUUUUUAGUAUCUUUCUUGACUUGCAUUCCAGUAAUUUAUUUGAUAACAGACAAAUCUCAUGAGGAUACCGUUAUGUAUUUAGCCAGUUUUAUAAAAUUUCUAAAUGCAGUUACCUUUUUUACGGCCAGUUUGCAGUGCAUGGAAAUUUAUCCAACUUGUAUGCGUCAAACGGGCAUUGCACUUGGCACAAUUUUGGCUAAUGCAAUUGGUGUUUUGGCGCCGUAUCUUGUUUAUUUGGGCACCACAGUUGAUAUACGUAGUCCUUAUUACAUUCUAGGUACGUUAUUCCUGAUUGGCGCCAUCGGUGCGUCAUUUUUGCCAGAAACGCUGCAUAAAAAGUUACCAGACACAUUGGAGGAGGCGCGCCUAUUUGGCAGACACGAUAAAUACUGGAGUUUACCAAAACCUCCACCUAAAGAGAACACAUCUAAUGCUGAUAAAGAGAAACUGAAUCAGGAGAAAUAUGCCCCGUAAAAAUGAAACUGAUAUUAUUAUUUAGUUGUUGAUAUGAAAUUUAUGUUACUAUAUCUUUGUGAUGUAUUUUAGUUAUAAAAUAUAA